CCUGGUCUCUCUUUCUCUCACUCCUAUUCCUCUCUCCACUCCCUGAGGUGGGGAGAGUCGCUGAGCCCGCUGGCCGAGUCCUAUCAGAUGGGGGAGGACAUGAUCUGCCAGGCCCAAGGUUCCUCCCCCCAUGCUGGUCUGUAAGGAGAAACCGGUUUCCUUCAUUCCAAAGCUUUCUGGACUAGGAUAACCCUGACUUGUUGGAUGAGCAGGCCCCCCUGGAAGAGUCAGCUGUGUGAGAUGGUGCAGCCCAGUGGCGGCCCGACAGGGGACCAGGACGUGCUCGGUGAAGAGUCUUCUCUGGGGAAGCCGGCCAUGCUCCACCUGCCUUCAGAGCAGGGCACUCCCGAGACCUUCCAGCGUUGUCUGGAGGAGAAUCAAGAGCUCCGAGAUGCCAUCCGGCAGAGCAACCAGAUGCUGCGGGAGCGCUGUGAGGAGCUGCAGCGUUUCCAAAGCAGCCAGAGGGAGGAGAAGGAGUUCCUCAUGCAGAAAUUCCAGGAGGCCAGAAAACUGGUGGAGAGACUGAGCAUGGAGAAGCUUGACCUGAGGAGGCAGAGGGAGCAGGUCCUGAAGGAGGUGGAGCACCUGAAGAGAUGCCAGCAGCAGAUGGCCGAAGACAAGGCCUCAGUGAAAGCCCAGGUGACGUCCUUGCUGGGGGAGCUCCAAGAGAGCCAGAGUCGCUUGGAGGCCGCCACCAAGGAGCGGCAGGCUUUGGAGGGCAGGGCCCGGGCAGCCAGUGAGCAGGCCCGGCAGCUAGAGAGCGAGCGGGAGGCGCUGCAGCAGCAGCACAACGUGCAGGUGGACCAGCUGCGCAUGCAGACCCAGAGCAUGGAGGCCGCCCUGCGCAUGGAGCGCCAGGCCGCCUCGGAGGAGAAGCGGAAGCUGGCUCAGCUACAGGUGGCCUAUCACCAGCUUUUCCAAGAGUAUGAUAACCACAUCAAGAGCAGCAUGGUGAGCAGUGAGCGGAACCGAGGAAUGCAGCUGGACGAUCUUAAGCAGCAGCUCCAGCAGGCCGAGGAGGCCCUGGUUGCCAAACAGGAAGUGAUUGACAAACUGAAGGAAGAGGCUGAGCAGCACAAGAUUGUGAUGGAGACCGUUCCGGUGCUGAAGGCCCAGGCGGAUAUCUACAAGGCGGACUUCCAGGCAGAGAGGCAGGCCCGGGAGAAGCUGGCUGAGAAGAAGGAGUGCCUGCAAGAGCAGCUGGAGCAGCUGCAGAGGGAGUACAGCAGGUUGAAGGCCAGCUGUCAGGAGUCAGCCAGGAUUGAAGAUAUGAGGAAGCGGCAUGUAGAGGUCCCCCAGCCCCCCUUGGCCCCUGCCCCAGCUCACCACUCCUUUCACCUGGCCCUGCCCAGCCAGAGGAGAAGCCCCCCUGAGGAGCCGCCCGACUUCUGUUGCCCCAAGUGCCAGUACCAGGCUCCUGACAUGGACACUCUGCAGAUACACGUCAUGGAGUGCAUUGAGUAGGGCCGCCUGCCGGUGACCAGCCCGGGACAGUGCCAUCUGUGCUUUCAUUUCCCACCCACCGAGUACUGAAUAGUGGGCUAAGUGACAAAGAGCAGGCCACUUCUUUGAGCCCCAAAAACUAGCUGCUGGGCCCUAUGCUUCAGCUCCCCUGUCUGUUGGUUCACCUCUUUUAGGGUACGUGGAGCCCCAGCUAGGCCUGACGCUUUGCUCUUUUUGUUUGUUCUGUCUCCUUGAACCUCUUGUCCCUGGGGCUCCCUUUUCUUCCACCUCCACUGGGGAAGUCAAGAAUCAAGGCCGGGGCUCUCAGAGAGAACUGCCUCCCCGGCGAGAUGUGUAGGGGCCCCUCCU